GAGGAGGAGGAGGAAGGGCAGCGCGGGGCCGGGGGGGCGGAGGAAGGUCCAGGUGUGUGUGGCCGCGCCGGCCCCGCCCGCGGCCGCAGGUAGCGGCCCCUCCCGCCGCCCCCUCCCCAGCGCGGGGCGGGCGGAGCGGCGGCGCGGCCGGAGCCCUUCCCCAGCUCCCUCCCACCCCAAAGUUCGCGCUGGCCCCGCGCUGCCGCCGCCGCCGCGCCGCCGCCCCCUCCCCUGGCGCCCCCGGACGGGGCCGCGCUGCCAUCCAACACCUGGGGGGUCGCUGGGCCCCCCCGAGGCGCCGGGCCGGGCCCGGGGGCCGCUCUCGGCCGGGGUGGGGGUGUGCAGCGACCAGAGACUUAUUUCUUUGUGAGUCAAAGAUGUUCCUGGAAGAAGGAUUUGUAGUGCUGGAGUUUCAUUGUGGCACUGAACUUGGCCUUGAGUGUAUUUUACCCAAUGCAACUAUUUGAAAAGUUUGUGCAACAAAACUAAGUGCAACUGACUGUAUCUGUAGACUUGAAAAAUCUCAAGAAACAAUCCAAAAAAACCUCAUCCCGUCACUGAGCAAAUCUGUGGAUACUUUUGCUGGGAUGUGUGAAAGCACAUAAAGCUGAAGAAGAAACAGUUUUCUGCUGAUGGAAAGAAAAAAUUAAAAAUAAUUUUCCUGGCAGAGGUUUUCUAGCUGAGCAGACUUUUGAGCACAUGUUGGAGAACUCUACAAGUGUCCUUACUGUGAUCAGGGAGCACCCCCAGAGAAGUGCAGGCUGCCAUUAAGAGAUGUAAAAGGGAGCAGAAGGGAGGAAAGAUGCCCACGCAGCCUCUCUUGGCAUACAUGGACGGACCCGAGGGAAUCGCCAGCGCCGUGGGAGCCCAGAUGGAGACCAGCGAUGCCUCCAUGACCAUCAAAGGAACCAACACCAUCUCCUACAAAAGCCUGCAGGAGAAGUUCCUGCUGCAGGCCGAGGGCUGCAUGCCCCUGGACUGCAUGUUCUGUGAUGAGACUUUCAAGCAGCCCGAGGAGCUGGGGAAGCACGUGUUAACUGAGCACAGGCCCACGCUGUGCGAGCCCGCCGUGCUCAGGGUGGAGGCUGAGUAUCUGAGCCCUCUGGAUAAGUGUCAGGUAAGAACCAGCUCACCUUCGCCGAGCAACGAGCAGGACAGCGAGGAGCUGAGCUGCAAAGUUUGUGGGCAAACGUUUGAUAAAGCUUUUGACAUUGAGGCGCACAUGAAAAAGCAUAAAGAUUCUUUCACGUAUUGGUGUAACGUCUGUGGGCGAAGAUUUAAAGAGCCGUGGUUCCUCAAAAAUCAUAUGAGAACGCACACUGGAAAACCUGGUUCUAGAAACAAGCAUCAGCAAGGUUCUGAAGGCCCCAUAACAAUAAAUGAGGUGGUGCAGGAGCACGUAACUGAAAAUGUAACGUCACCUUACAAAAUUUGUAUGGUUUGUGGUUUCCUAUUUCACAAUAAAGAGACUCUAAUUGAGCACAGUAAAGUGCAUACCAAAGAAUCAGUUCCCAAUGGUGAAAGCCCCCAAGUGACUGCUGAAGUCAAUGCAGAAGAAACAUCUCAAAACCAGGAAUUUUUCCAGUUCUUGAACUUAAGACCAAAUUCAGUUCCAGAAAAGGACAAACUGCAGAAGCUUGCGAAGUGGAUCGCUGAGCUGGAUCCUUUCACCACGUAUCAAGCAUGGCAGCUGGCUACCAAAGGUAAAAUUGCAGUUGGCCACGGGCAGAUCAAAGAGCCAGGGCAAGAAGGAAGUACAGACAACGAUGAGUCAUCUUCAGAUAAAGAAGAACUCUGUGAAAUUUGGAAUGCAAAUAAAGGUAGCCAGGCUGAAACUACAGGGAAGUCAAAGGUAAAUAAAAACAGCAGUUUCACAGGGAAUGGUAACUUAACCCAGGACAAACUGAAACAUCCCGCUGGUGAAGUGCCUUCUAUGGAGAUGGAUUCUAAAUCAUCCCAGAACAAAGAGAAGCCAACCCACUGCUCUGAGUGUGGGAAAGCCUUCAGGACAUACCACCAGCUGGUCCUUCACUCCAGAGUGCACAAGAGGGACCGGCGGGGUGAUGGAGAGACCUCCUCUGCUGCCAGGACCUUCUGUGCCGACAUCAUUGGGAACCUGGAGGAGAACGGAGCAGCAGAGAGGAUGGAGGGAGGCUCUGAGGAUGGCUCUGAAGAUGGGCUUCCAGAAACAAUUAAUUUAGAUAAAAAUGAAGACAGUUUGGAAAGAACAAAAGUUAAAACUCUUGGAACCUCCAGAGAAUGCAGCUACUGUGGAAAGUAUUUUCGCUCCAAUUAUUACCUCAAUAUUCAUCUCAGAACUCAUACAGGUGAAAAGCCGUACAAAUGUGAAUUCUGUGAGUAUGCAGCAGCCCAGAAAACUUCCCUGAGGUAUCAUUUAGAGAGACACCACAAGGACAGGCACGGUGACAGUGCAGCUGAUGGGAAGGGUGACAGCAAAGGUUCCCUGCGGGGUCAGGACACGGCGCUGUCGCUGGCUGCUGAUGCUGCUCCAGAAACCAAAAACCUGAAGAGGCUUUUUGAUGGUGCCAAAGAUGCUGAGAGCUGCCCACCUGCCAAGCAGCAAAAGGAAGUUCUGUCCUUGAGCAAUGCAAUAGGCAGCACAGUCUUUUUAAAAGUAAAGAACAAUUCCAGGGAAUCGAACAAAGGUUCUGUUUGUAGCGGUUUGAAUCAAGUACCUGAGAACGUGCCUGCGCCUUACCCAGAGAAACUAAGGGCUGAGAAGGAAGCCAAGGAAGCUCAGCCUAAAAGAGAGAGAAAGGCUUCUGUGGCAUCAGAGGAAGAUGAUGUCCAGUAUAUCUGUGCUUUUAUUGGUGGGAAAAAUGUGAACAAUAUGCAAGAAUGCACUGAGAACUACAAACGCAGACCUGUCGUGGACUGCCACGAGCAGCCCUUGGACUUAUCCAGUAAAACUUCCCAGGAGUGUUCAGUGAUUGCAAGCAGAGGCCUGCUGGCCCCCAGCACCUGCCCCUUCUGUACCUACAGGACAUUUUACCCCGAGGUCCUCAUGAUGCACCAGAGGCUGAUGCACAAGUACAACCCCGACACUGUUAACAAGAACGGCUACAGGAGCAGGGCUGUGGCCAAGGCCCGGCGCACGGGCUGCCCCCCGGCCCUGCUGGGCAAGGAUGUGCCUCCUCUGCCUCUCCAUCCCAAUAAAAACAAGGCUUCCACAAAUCCACAGCAAAAGCCACUGCAGACAGGGAAAGCCAAGCAGUGUGCCCCUCCUCAGAACAAAGCCCCUCUCUUCUCCGUGAGCGAGUCGAGCAGUGCAGCCCCGAGUAACCUCAAGUUUCAUAAACAGCAAAGCAACAUUGGAGCUCAGGCAAACAACUACAGACAACCUCAGCAAGAAGAAGUGCACUCCAGUUUCAGGAUCUCUCCAGUACUGGACAGAGUAAAAAAAUCUGAAUAUAAAAUCAAAGUUCUGGGUGCCCCAGUGACUCAGUCCGGUCUGGUCAGCAGCAGCAUGAAUGGGGUUCUCGAGUCUCACCUCAAUGAACCUGGCUGGGCUUGCCAGAGAGGGAGAGACUAUCUCUGUAGUAAAUCUGGGAGCAAUGCAAGUCUGGACUAUGGAGAAACCUCUUCCAAACGGAUGAAACCCUCUGUGGUAGCUGUGGAGCACCUGGACUCUCCUCUGGCUAAUUACAGGAGAUACGAAAUGAGCAGAUUUCGUGUUGCAAACAGAUAUGCAAAUCUGCUACCUCAGGAAUACCCUCGUACCAAACCCACAUCCUCUGUUCUGCCAACCAAACAAGGGCUCCUCAGUGCAGAUGAUGCUGAUCCUCCCAAUGGAUUGACUGCUCUCAAAGCUUACGAGCCAUACAGCUCUGGAUCACUUUAUGGUUCCUGUGGAUCUAGCAAUGGCCAAGUCACCAGCUCGACAGGAGAAGGAAAGAGAUCAGUGUCAUACCAACACUUACCCAGCAACCUGCUGCAGAAGAGAAGUUACGAGUCCUUUGUGGGGAACACACCCUUCAGACCCAGUGACAAGAAGAACUGAAUCACUCAAGAACGGUCUAAGGACACAAGUGCAUAUUCCAUGGAGUUAUACCUGCAGUUCAUCCCCUGAGGAAGAGAAAAUGGUGAAAGCUACUGAACUAAGCUGUGAUUGUACUGUAUAUAGAAACACUACAGUUUUAUAAUAUUGGUUCUUUUAACAUUUUGUACCAAAUAGCCAUACAAAAGUAGUCUAAACAGUUGGGUUAUGAAGGUGUGUGGAGAAUGUAUAUCUUGACCUUGACUUUUGAGUAUUUUUCAUUAGAUUUAAUUGACCAAAUAUUAGGUAGGAGUUCUAUUUUUACAUACUUGAGCGCUGCUGAAGAGUUUUCUCUUGGAAAGAAUAUAUAUCGUUGCACCUCAGGUAAACUGUAAAUAUUGAAGUUGAAAAUCCUGUUGGCGUAAUGCUCCUUUUUCAUAAAAGUGAAAGUUUCUCAUCUGUUGGUUUUUUUUUCCCUGUUGAACUAUGUUAGUUUUUUCAAAGUUCCAAAUAAACUGUCUGAAAGUGUCCGGUUUAUAAAUGUUGUGAACAUUAAAGCAACGGUGCUGACAUUGAUCUGCCUUGGCUGGGUGAGGACCAGGACGUGCUGGAGGGCUCUGCUGCUCUGGGGUUCUUUCCAGCAUGCUUUUAAAUGCAAACAUGAGGCAAUACUUGACAUUUUGGAUUUCCUGAAAUGUGGCUGGAUUCUUCUCUUGGCACUGGUUGCUGUUCUUCAGAGAAGCCUCUUAAAAACACCUCUGCCACCAUCCAAACAGAAAAUCCCUGGGACUUGCUUGAGAAACAAUAAUAAUCUUCAUGUUUCAAAUGUUUGGUUCUGUACUAAGCUCCACACAGUCACAUUUCAAGAAAAAAAAAAACUCCUUUGCACCUUUGUCCAAAGCUGUAAAGUCUCAAAUGAGAGCCUUGAAAUAUGAAUUUGGGUUCUGCAGACUGCAAAAGGGAUGUGGCUGUGAUGGAGCCUACUUGACUGUGCUUGGAAGCUUCUUGAUGUCAAGUUUUAGCAUCUACUGGGUGUUUAAAAUGAGUGAGAAAUAACCUGUAAAUGGGAGAAUAUCUCCUUUUAUUUUUUUGUGAAGACAACAAGAGUUUUUUCUAAUGCACAUGCAGUUUAAUUUUUGUAAAGGGAAGAUGGCCAGUUACCAGCCAGUAAAGCAGAACUGUUGCAUAUUUUAACUUGCCUUCCUCGUUUCUUCUCAUGAAGUUGUAGUUAAGAGUUAAUUCCUUCUGUACCUGGCUUUGACUUCCAUAUAUUUUAGUAAAACAAAACAAUUAAAUAUUUUGCACUGUUUGUUUUUCUCUCUUCCCUCUUACAACAAAUGUAAAAUAGCAAAACCUAGAAACUCUUGUUUUUUCAUUAUGCAACUUGAGAUGUUCCAGUUGUCUUAGUUCCUGUAAAUGGGACUGGUUUUUAAUGUCUCUGUAAACUGGCAAUGGAAUGAAGUGCUGUGUAUCAGGAAAUUGUACACUAUUGACCUGUUUUCCUGUUCAUAAGCUGAGCCAUAUGUACAUAAUCUAGAUUUUGUUUUCCUAGUUUUGCACUUUUAUAGCCUAUUUUUUGAAGAUGAAUUCACUUGGAAAAGGGUUAAUCUAUUUUUGUGUGUGAUCUCUCCCUGUCCUGGAGGUGCAGGGCUGGAGCUGCUCUGCCUGUGCCACACGGGGCAGGGCUGCUUUUUAACGUGUUGCAGCAAACAGACCUAAGGCUUGUUUGUUUUUAAUCUCCCUUCAUGCUGGUACAGUUUCCCUCAAGGCUUUUUUUGGGGUUGGAAUGGAAAAAUGGACCUGAAGACUCCAUUCCAUGGCAGCAUCACCACACUUUGCCAUCAGUAUUAACUAUUGGGAUACUACUGGUUUUGUAUGUUCCUUUGGAAAUAACAGUGCAUAUAUAGAGGUACAAAUUGUUGAUUUUUUUUUUUCCUUUUUUUUCUUUUUUAAAAUGUAUUUAUUUCAUUCCAUUUUGUUCUAUUUUAAUUGUUGGAACCGGAAGUCGGCAAGCAGCAGGCACACAUUACUCAUUUAAUUUAUGAUGUAUUUCACUUUAGUUGAGUAUAUUAUUACAUGUGGAUGUAAAUAUAGACUUGGUGUUUUGCAAAA